AUGCCUAAGCUCUUCCAGUUUGAUGACAAUGAGAUGACAACUCUUCCUGUGUGGGUUCAAUUAACCAAUUUGCCUCUGGAACUCUGGUUUACAAAUGCUUUGGGUAGAAUUUGUUCUGAGAUUGGGCGACCUCUCUAUGCUGAUAAGAUGACUACCGGCAGAGAGAGACUCACCUAUGCUAGAAUCCUUGUGGAAGUGGAUGUGGCCAAAGAAAUCAAAUGUAAUGUGAAAAUUUUUUGCCGGAUGAGAAGUUGCAUUGAAAAGCUAGCUUUUGAAAACCCAAAGACAAUAAAGAUCAUGUCUUCUGACAUUGAAGUUCCAACAACUGAAGGAGAUCUGGUGAGGCCAGUGGAAGGGAAGGAUUCUGAAGACAAUGCUAUACCUGAAAAGGAGUUGAGAAAGGUAGAGAAAGACAGAGGUAAAAUUGUUACUCUUGCCCCUAGUGGCAUUAAAGGUGUUGGAAAAGGUGUGGCUCAGUACAAGGAGAAAAACAAGAACCUCGCCUUAGUACCUGCAGAAAAGAAAACAGAAGGAGAUGAGAGAACUGAGACAGGAAUAAUUUUGAUUUGUUGGAACCCCGAGAAAGUUCACAUUCAGCUCAUUCAGAAUAGUGCUCAGUCUCUGGAUGCUAAUGGGAGUUUAAAUAGCAUUCUGUUUAGUGAUGAGAAGAAGAAUGGGCUUCCAGUGAAAGCUUAUGAGACGAAAGAUAUGAGGUACAGUUUUAUUGAGUCUGGGCUUUCAGAUUUGAGUUCUUCAGGAUGCUUCCUUACCUGGUCUAAUGGUAGGGUUUGGAGUAAGUUGGAUAAAGUGAUGGUCAAUUCAGUGUGGGCACAAACUGAUUUCAGACCUCAUGCUCAUUUUCAUCCCCUUGGUCAUCUGUCAGAUCAUUCCCCUUGUGUUGUCUCCCUUCUUGAUAAAGAAAGUAAAGGUAGAAGACCCUUCAAAUUUUUUAACAUGUGGUCUCAGCAUGACAACUUUCAGAGUGCUGUUAGAGAAGGGUUGUACACCAAAAUUCAGGGCAGCAAUCAAUUCAGAUUUGCUAGGAAGCUGACAGCUAUGAAGAGAUCUCUAAGAGCUUUAAACUCAAGACACUUUCCCCAUAUUUCGGAGAGAGUUGAUAGAGUUUCCUCUGAACUUUUGGAGGCUCAACAGAUGCUGCAAUGCAAUCCUGAUAAUGAGAAUUUACAGAGAAUUGUUCUAAACAAGAGAAAUGAGGCUACCAGAUUGGACAAGGCUAAUAGAUCCUUCCUUGCUAAGUUAGCCAAAAAUGAUUACUUAAAGAAGUGUGACAGAGGCACCUCCGUUUUCCAUUCCCUCAUGAAAAGGCACCUGUCAAGGAAUCACAUCACCUCAAUUAGCAUGAGUAAUGGUUGUUGUGUCGAGCACCCUAUUUGUGCGAAACACCAAUAUUACAACUAUUGUUAUUGA